ACCGCUGUUACGGCUGCAAAUGGCGAGCGAGACAGUCCGCGCGCCGGCGCCGGUCGAGCCCAACGGGGCUUGCAACUGGCGCUGUCCUGAGCACAGCGAACGCCUGGCUGAGCUCUUUUGUCGCCGCUGUGGCCGUUGCGUGUGCGCGCUGUGCCCGGUGCUGGGUGCCCACCGCGGCCACCCCGUGGGCCUGGCCCAGGAGGAGGCUGCGAGCGUGCAGAAACUUAUCCAGGACUGUUCAGAGUGUUUGGUGACCAAGAAGCGGCAGCAUGCUGACAAUAUAGCCCACUUGGAAGACACCGGGGAAAGGCUCCAGGCUUAUGCAGACUCAAGUAAAGCAUGGCUGACACAGAAAUUCACAGAACUCAGAUUACUCCUGGAUGAAGAGGAAGUACUGGCCAAAAAGUUCAUCGAUAAGAACACAGAGCUCACCCUCCAGGUGUACAGGGAGCAAGCGGAGUCUUGCAGGAAGCAAAUUGAAGUCAUGGAUGAUUUCUCUACCAGGGUGUGGGUCAUCAGUCUGGAGCCCAACCCCAUCCAGCUGCUGCAGGCAUAUAUAGCCACUAAGUCAGAGAUGGAACAGCACAUGAGCCCCUUGGAGCUGAGCCACCCUGUGCCCCUGUCCUUCGAGCCCGUCAAGAACUUCUUUAAGACAUUUGUGGAAGCCAUCCGGGACACUUUACAGACACCAAUGGACACUCGCCUGAAGCAAAACAUAAACUACCAGCUGUCUGGCUCCUCCAGCUCCAAGCCAGGAACCUUGCUGAAAAUGAGCCCUUCACCGGAGAGAUCACUCUUCUUGAAAUACGCCCGCACCCCCACGCUGGACCCGGACACCAUGCACGCUCGCCUGCGUCUGUCGACGGACGGACUGACCGUACGCUGCGCGCUGCUGGGCCGCCUGGGGCCGCGUCCCGCGCCCCGAUUCGACUCUCUGCGGCAGGUGCUGGGCCGCGACAGCUUCGCGGCCGGACGCCACUACUGGGAGGUGGACGUGCAGGAGGCGGGCGUGGGCUGGUGGGUGGGCGCGGCCUACCCGUCCAUGCGGCGCCACGGCACCUCCGCCGCCGCCCGCCUAGGCUGCAACCGCGAGUCGUGGUGCGUGAAGCGCUACGACCUGGAGUACUGGGCCUUCCAUGACUGCCAGCGAAGCCGCCUGCAUCCUCGCCGCGACCCUCACCGGCUAGGCGUCUUCCUGGACUACGAAGCCGGCGUUCUGUCCUUCUACGAUGUGACGGGUGGCAUGAGCCACUUGUACACCUUCCAUGCCUCCUUCCAGGAACCGCUCUACCCGGCCCUGCGCCUCUGGGAGGGGGCAAUCAGCAUCCCCCGGUUGCCCUAGGCGAGCGUCCUUCCUUGCCUAGGCUAGUCUACAGGUUCUGCCCACGCAACCCCGCGCUGCCUGUGUCUGGGACACCAUGCAGCGCCUAGAACCUCCUGGCACACAGUAGGCACACAGUAAGUUUUGGUGAAAGUUUCCCGGCGGAGACAGUUCAUCUCCUUAAAGGUCCCCAUUUGAGCCAACUGCUCUCUAGCCUCUUCAGUUUGUCCAGGUCACCUCGAUGCAGAGCACCUGAGAGGGUUUCUUGACUCCUGCUCUGCAUCCUCUCCCAUCUUCAUCUUCUACACUAAAGCCAGGGUGAGCAACCUGAAACUUAGCUCGGCCUCUUGGAAUUAGAAGAAGGUUCACAAAGAGGUACAAGAACAAACCAGGAAGCUCUUAGCUGGCUUCUCAACUUUUCUAGCUUAUUCUUUGACAGCCUGACCUCACACAGCUGCUGUAUGUCUUUUCAAACAUUCUUCAGUCAGAAGUUGGGUUGCAGUUUUGCAUCUUUAAACCGUAGUGCUCCCCAGCAUAAAUAGGAAAACCGUCUCUUUACCUGUCUCACUCCUCGGGCUUAUCUGCCCCAAGAAGCAACACGCCCCCCCCCCCGAAAAAAACAAAACUAUGAGGCCUGCAAAUAUAGGAUCUGCCAUUUCAGCUGCUUUCUAAGGAUGUCCGUGUCCUUUCCUCCCAAGUACCCUUCCAGGCAACCGAUGAGCGAGUAGCGGGCUACUCCAGAAGAGAAAACGUUUGAGAAUGGCUCAAAAGUUGAUUUGACAGGACAGAGCUAACAUGGGAGAUGGAUACUUGACACUACAUCUCCUUCAUUCACAAAAGACCAAGAGCUUUUCCCACCCUCACCGCUGGAGGGGCCAAGCCAGGUAUCUCUUAACGAUUGUAUCAGGCUCAGGCGUUAUCACACAUAGUCACACACUUGAUCCUUACAUCCCUAAAAGGUGGGAAGUGAUCCCAUUGUACACUCAGCUGACUGCCCAAGGUAAUGGAAGCAGUGUUGCAGUCUGGCUCUGUGUUCCCACUGGGCUGUGUUGUGGACACAACAGCUUGUCUCCCACAGUGGAAGCUGCCUCAUUUUUUUUUUUUUUUUUUUUCAGCUGCUUCCUUGAGCCAAACCUACCUUCAAUGGUCUCUGAAACAGGUUUCAUACCCUUCACAGUGGGGAUUGGCAUUGUUUGGAGAGGCUGUGAUUUGAGCAGAAAGCAGAAAGACUGGUUCUGCGCCGAGGUUUGUACUAGGUGGAAGGUUAGUUACCCAUAGCUGUGUGGCCUCAGGCUCUGUACUUGUGGCCCCCGUUUGUAAAAUGUGGGCCAGUGCCACCUGGCUCAAACGACCCAAAGCUAAUUAAACUGCCUUAAUAACUAUGUUGUGUCAGGCCAGGAUAUGCUAGCAUCUGGAAAUAGAGUCUCUUCUUGUACCCUGUCACAGUGCUGGACCAGGGACACCCAGGUGGGUGGCAGCUGAGGAGCUGCCCCAGUACUCUCAGGGAUAUUCCUUUGGGAUCUUGUGUCUUGAUGCUCUUGGUUUUAUAGAAUUUACUACAGAGGUAAACCACAAAUUAUUUUCCCAUGGUGCUUGGGCUAGAACCCAUGGCCCUGCACAUUCUAACUGUGUACUCCGUGGAGCUAUACUCCAGCCCCAGCAGCCAUUUCUUUUGUAAGAAAAAGGCUUAGUCCAGACCAGCCUUGAGGGAAAUGGAGGACGGACACCUCUGUUUCAAGGGCCAGCAAGUGUGGGACUUAAGAUUCCUGAGACUGGACUAGGCAGAGGCUGGCUCCUCAGAACAGUCUCAGACCUGGGGCUAGCUGCUAUUUUCUGGGCACCAUCACCCUGAGAGGCUCAUGUAUCAUUUCCUUUGGGCAUAUGGUUUCAGUCCAUGUUGGCUACUAACAACCUUAUUUUUAAAUGACGUUUUCUAAUGUACGUGUUGUUUAAUAAAAUACGAAUAUUCU